GUUUGAUGAGUGCAAAUUGGAGCCCGGGUAUCUUCUGCGUCGCCGAGGCCGGCUUUACUUUUGAACGGGCGUCGCGGCGGCGCGCGUGAAAUGCAGUUGAGUCUCCUGUGGGCAGUGUGGUGUGCGCAAGACGGCGCGCCGCUGCGGCUGUUUUGUGGUUCCGCCGCAAUUUACAGCUGUCCGAGCAGUGCGGCGAGGUGUUUCAAUCCUCUUUAAGGUGCGGAGACGGCAGUGUGCUGCAAGCAAAAAAACUGCUGGGAGAGCCUUGCAAGACCACGCACCCCCUUUGGUUACACGCACAGGCGUGCGAAAAACGGACAGUCGAUUGAUCCGCACGACGGAUCGCACUAAGACGACGGGCUGCUGCACGUAUCUAGCUCAUUCGCAGGGCCGGGCUAGCAGCAGAGGACACACUGUCAGCACAGCCUGCACAGCACACGCCGUCGCGGCACGCUGCAAUCUGGAAGAACUCGCCGCAGAGGGUCCAUCACAACAAGUCAGCACAGCGGUGCAGCACUCCGUGCAAGCUGGCACGCAUCGCAUUCAUCGUCGCCCUGCUGGCGCCGUCCGCGUCCGGCAUGGCAGCAACGUUAAAAAAUGCGGCACCACCGGUCGCGGCGACGCGGACGCAGACCAUAAGCUUCGUGCGCCACGGCCAGGCCCAGCACAACGUGCGCGCGGAGGCGAAGCGCGACGCGGGGUGUCCUUUUGACGAAUUUAUUGACCAAAUGCGGAAAGAUGAUGCAUUUGAUGCCGACCUCACAGACGUAGGAAGGGAGCAGGCGAGAAACGCUCGCGCACCCGACGUCCAGUUAGUCGUGGCCUCUCCCCUGUCGCGAGCGGUCGAGACCGCUUCAUUGAUGUAUCCUGGUAGGGAAAUCGUUUGCAUCGAAGAGCUACGGGAAUGGUGCGGCCAGCUUGUCAACUCGAAACGACGGACCGCGUCGCAGCUCAAGGAGCGCUUUCCCUUCGUCGACGUGUCCCAGUUACCUGAAAAUGAUGAAAGGUGGGACGCGGAGGUGUUGGAGGAGGAGGCCUCCGUCGCGCGGCGGGGCGUGGCGGCUCUACAGUGGCUCGUGAAACGACCAGAAGACACCAUCGCGGUCGUGUGUCACGGCGGUCUGCUCGCCGUGACCUUCGAUCCGGACGACCAUGGCGGCCACAGUUGCGUCGAGGCGCCGAAUCCUUGCACGAAACGAUUCUCCAAUUGCGAGGUGAGGACUGUGAAGAUCACGACUCACGACGGGGGCGCGCGGUUCAGCGUAAGUAGAGGGUAGUGUG